CUCAUGAACAUUUGCAGACGAGCAGUAGCACUCCACCAGAACGGCUCGAGCGAAAAAAUCCCUUUUCGAAUCUUCAACAAACUCGACCAAGCUCUGUUUGUUGGAUACUUGAACAACACAGUCUCUCUCGAUAUCAACAGAUUCGACUCUGAGAUUUCUGGUGCUACUUACACACACCGAUGGGGACUCGAUCGGGAAGUUAAGCGCAUCUCCAUUAUCCUUAGUCAAGAUGUCAUCCGACAUGGCCAGGCAAGGGAUAUUGUCGCUACGUUGAUCCACCACAUGAUCCACGCAUACUUUCUUGUGGCCUGCGACGAGCAAAAGGAGAAUGAGAUGGAUUCUGGGCGUCUGAAACACGGUUUACAUUUCGGCAAGAUCAUGCUCGCCAUCCGGAGGCUUUCAGCUGUCCAUGGUAGAGAACUUACAACCCUGGAUUAUGGACAUCACUUGCCCAGCAGACGCUUUCAUGUUGACGACUACUACCGCCCGCGGAGAAGAGACGAAAUCGAGCACGAAGAUAGGAACGAGUGGUUUUGUAGCCAUUGUCACAGUGACAUAUGCGGACCAUCCGAUAGCGAGGUGGAAGAGUGGUAUAAAAAGAUUUGCCAGCCAAUGCUUGACCUAACACCAAGUAUUCGAGGUCUUGAGGUUGAGGUGUACAAUGUUCGACGACACGAGCUCGAGAAGGGACGUCGGGCGCACCUCGGUUCUUCUUCAAAGUCUGUCGAGUUGAUUUUCAAAGAUCGACCGGUCCUUGUUGGCAUAGAUAAGAUUGACCAGUUUCCGAGUGUCAAGAGAACUUUUGAUAGGGCUGGCAGUCGCUUUCUCGUGGUACCCAAGGAGGUCUCGGAGGGCACGUUCAUGCGCCUUCUCGAAUUCCUCCAUACUGGCUCUUAUCCUCCUGAUCCGCAUAUCUUUGCUGGUGCUGCAGUCACUCGAGAUGUCCGACUCAAAGCCCCUCCUAUUAUCAAGUCCAAGAAUGUAUCUGUCGAAGCAGUUGUGGUCUUAGCCGACAUACGAUUUGCCAAGCUCGGCUUAUAUAUGGGCUUCGAAGAUUGCAAGACAUAUGCCUUGGAUCGCAUGAACACAUACGGUGUCCUGUAUGAGGACCCUGUGGCUGUUCUCAAAGAGAUUUACCGAGGCUGCGAACUGGACCCUGAUCUCAAAGUCUGGGCAUGCAUGUUUCUCACCCGUUGCCCUGAUACAUCGAGCCCUGGUCGUUACCACGGCGAAUUGCUGGAUCACAGUACCAUAGAGCCACCCAACCUGCUGAAACUUGAAAGUCAGCAAAGUACUUACCGGUCACGCUUUUUCAAUGCUAUUGAAGUCAGUAGAGCACUAGAGAACGAUGUUAAUAAAGCUCGUGCCGAGCUCAGAACUGCAGGCUGGUAU